ACAUCACGUGACUGACACCUGAGCUUGUCCUGUGUGUGUAGGCAAUACACGCUGUGUGCAAAUGCAGUAAAGGUAGUCACACCUGUAACACACUGGAGUCCAGCUUCUCCAGUUGAUUAUCAGAUUGUUGUUGAAAGAAAGCACUCACAGUGAUGAUUGAGAUGGACACAUUAAGGAUCAUCCUUAUUGGGAAAACCGGAAGUGGAAAAAGCACUAUAGGAAACACACUUCUCGGGGAAAAAUACUUUACAACCUCCUCUGGAUUCUGUAGUCCCAGUGAAAAGUGUGGAUGGAGAUGCGUCUCAAAAAGCAGAUUGUCAAUCGAGUUAACAGACACACCUGGCAUUUUUGAUACUUACCCAAAUACAGAAUCGGUAGAUCGUGAGUUUCUCAAGACCGUGUGUCUGGCAUCCCCAGGUCCACAUGCCAUCUUGUUCAUUGUGCGAGCUGACUGCAGGUUCACCCGUGAAGACUACUUCAUGUACGAGGACAUGAAAUCCAUGUUUGGAGAGAGCCUGACACGGUUCCUCAUCCUUGUGUUCAAUGGUAUCAGUCAGAAAGAUUUCGAAGAGAAAUAUAAAGAAAUAAGCUGUCUUCCUGCAGACCUACUGAGGAUUAUGCAUGAAGCGGGUGGACGUGUGGUUUGUUUCAGUGACACCCGGACUAACACCUCUUCCAGGGACGAAGUUGAAAAACUUCUCAGCAGCAUUCAAAAUCUUAAGAAACAUAAUAAUGGCGCCUUUCACUCGAACCAAAACUUUAGAUGUGUGCAUGAAAAAAUGCUUCAAAAACUGGGCAACAGCGACAUUAAAAUUCACGAGAUAAAGAAAAGCAUGGCUGAAGAAAGGGAUUUGUGCUUUCUUGAAUAAUGUUUGAUGUCGAAUGUCCUGCAAGUUUAUAAUUCUCAAGACACUUCAUUACCUGUUAUUUAUGUUAGUAGUGACAGAGAUUACUAGUUAUUUAGGCCACGUAGAAACAGUUCUAUUUUAGAACUUAAUUACAAAUUAUUUGUGGUCUUAGCUAGAAAGGCUUACUUCUUACAGUAAGAUGUAGCGCCUCACCAAAGCAUAAUUCUUCAACCUGAAUACACAUUCACAACAGACCUGCUCAUCACACAGAUUAUGUUGCCAAAGAAAGCUUUCUUCAAAAAGACAUUUCUUCUCAGAUUGUUUUCAGGCUUUUAAAUGCUGUCACCCAAGACAAUAUAUAUAUACAACUGUGACGACUACAGGGCCAGGGUGACAGCUUCCCUAGGGUUUUAAGGAGUCCCUUGGAUAUUUAAUGGGUUCCAGAGAGACCACUGUUUCUUUUAUAGUUUAAAAAUUGUUUCUUGACCUAGGCUGUUGCUUGGAGUGCAAAGGUUCAAGCCUUGUGGGCAGUCAUACACUUGUGAAUUCUAAUAAAAGCGCCACAAUGGCAUGCAAGAGUUGAGUGUCUUUUGUAAUAAAGUGGGAAAGAAAGAGGGAAGACCAUUUAAUUGACUGUCGCCAGCCAGUCUUCACUUCCCAAGGAGACACGACAAGUACAGGGAUACAGUAAUAAGGAUUAACUGAUGUAUGUUUACUGGGAAAUUAUUUUUAACAUUAAUUGUGUAUUUUUUGUUAAUAUCAUUAGAUGUAUACAGGUCUGCAGUAGAGACAAAGCUGUUUGGGGAAGAGAAGAAUGCGCAAAUGUCCAGGAAAGUACGUGGAUGCCAGUGUCUGUGACAAACAGUAAUGUAAGAAUUGAGAAGCUGAUGUUGUAAUAUUAACUACAAAUUCGGCAAAGCAUCAUAACUAAAAAAUAGUCAAACGUGAAUAUUUUCAGCUCAAAGACAAAUGGCAUUUAUGUGCCGCAUCCAUCUGGUAUGCAAUGAUGUUGAGCAGAACGGUUUAUGAAGAGUUUUUAUUGAGAUGUUUAUCACCUACAGAUUAUCAGAAACAGACUUUUCUUUGAAAAUAAUACCAAGAUGUCUUCUGCUUUUUGACAAUACGAGGAUACAAAUAUUUCUCGUUCAGUUUGUUGUUUUUAAAGACACUUCAGUGUGUGCAUGGAUUGUAUCGACUUUCUGAAAAAUCAGGCUUUGUGCGACCUUGUUUACCUGCUCAUCAGUGCGGAUAGUUUUCUGAGGAGCACCAGGAUUUCUCGUAAACUCGUUUCUAAAAAUACAAAAAUAAAACCAACAAAGCUCGCAGUUGCUCGCUCAAUACAUCCAGUCACACGACUUUGUGCAGUCGUUCACCUGCUCACUCCGCUCUAUCAAGGUGUUGUGAAAGACGAGUUUAAAAAUAUUUACACCACCUGCAUGCAAGGUGAGCGAGGUGAGAACCUUUCAGGUAAAUAUUACCUGUCGCUCACUAUCGUUUC